UAUCCCUGAUGCACCUGGAGUUCCUGCUGUGAAAGAUGUAGACAGCGACCAUGUAGAUUUGGAAUGGGCUCCACCUCUCAAGGAUGGAGGGGCCCGCAUUACUGGCUAUGUCGUUGAAAAGAAACAAAUUGGAGCAAGUGAAUGGGAGCCUGCCACUACUGAUGGAAAGCCAGUUUCUGGUACAUCAGCAAAGAUUGAAGGACUUUCUGAAAAUGCUGAUUACGAGUUCCGAGUUCGAGCAGUCAAUGCAGCUGGACCUGGUGAACCCAGCAUUCCAACUGAAAUUGUUAAAGUUGCCAAGAAGAAGAGCAAACCAGAUUCUCCCGAAGAUGUAACACCAACAGAUGUUACAGCGAAUUCAUGUGUGCUGAAAUGGAAGCCACCAAAGAAUGAUGGUGGAAGUCAAGUUAUAGAUUACGUUGUGGAGAAAUGUGAAGAAGCGUUUGGAACAUGGACCCCAGUUCGAGCGCCAAUUCGCGAUAAUUCUGUCAAGGUUGAGGACUUAGUAGAGGGAAAGAGGUAUCUUUUCCGUGUUGCUGCCGUUAAUGCGAUCGGAAAAUCUGAACCGGCGGAAACGUUAACAUCUGUUAUUGCUAAGAACCCGUUCGACGUACCGGACGCUCCAAACUCUGUAAAAGUGGUUGACUAUGAUCGCAGCUCAGUUUCCAUUGCUUGGAAACCCCCAGAAAGUGAUGGCGGUAAUCCCAUUAAAGGUUAUCUGGUGGAGAAACGCAUUGGUAAGGGCGAGUGGACGAAGGCGUUGCCAGAUCUCGUCUCAGGAACCGAGGCUACAAUUUCCAAUCUACCAUUCGGAAAGGAAGUCGAAUUUAGAGUAGCUGCUGUCAACGAUGGGGGGCCUGGUGAAUUCUCUCGUUCAACUCAACCCCAAGUGGUCAAAGAUAAGACGACUCCAGCAGGGGCUCCCGAGGGUCUUAAUGUGGACAAAGUAAAUAAAAAUGGAGUAAAAUUAUCUUGGAAAAAACCACGGCAUGACGGUGGUACACCAGUUACUGGUUACGUCGUUGAAAAAUUGAAUGAGAGUGGUGAGUGGAUCCCCGUAAAGAGCACGACUGAACCUCAGGCCUUUAUUCCCAUGAAGGAGGGCGAGAAGGCUCAGUAUCGCGUUCGAGCUGUGAAUGAGGAGGGUGAGGGUGAACCCAGCCGACCAACAGCACCCGUUGUCGCAGAGAAUCAGGCUGCGCCUCCUCGCAUUAUGACUCCUGCUGAUGGUGUACAGGGUGGUCCCGGAACUGGUGUUGGUGGUCUUCAAGACGUUACCAUCAAGGCUGGUCAAGAACUCAGGCUCCCGAUUGCCUGGUUCGGUCAUCCACCACCGACGGCCACUUGGAUUCUAAACGGUAACCAAUUGUCAUCUGAAGGAGAUAGGAAAAUCAUUAUGACAACAGAACCGCAACCGCGUUCAAGUUCUACAACAAUGUCUCCGCUAGAGGAGGAGCCUGGAGGAACUUCAGUGCUUCGAGUACCAAAAGCAUCGCGGUCUGAUUCCGGUGAAUGGCAAGUGAUAUUGAAAAAUGAUCUCGGACAGAUUACCUCAUCUUGCAAAGUGUCACUUAGUGUAAUUUUUUUAUUCGUCUUAACUGUUUUAAAAAAAGACGUUCCUGCAAUGCCAACCGGACCUCUUGAGGCGAUAGACGUGAAGGCUGAUGAGAUCACAUUGAGCUGGAGACCACCAGAAGAUAAUGGAGGAGAACCAAUCACUAAUUAUAUCCUUGAGAAGCGACCGAAAGGCGCUGGAGAGUGGCAAAAGGUUAGUGCAUUCAUUAAGACACCAACAGCAACUGUACGUGGUCUGGAAGAAGGCAAGGAAUACGAAUUUCGCGUUAUGGCAGAGAAUAUCAUGGGUCUCUCUGAGCCACUUACUACUGAUAAGGCGAUUAAAGCCAAACACCCAUUCGAUCCACCAUCUGGAAUGUCUGCUCCAAGUGUUGACAAUACAACGGAAAAUUCGGUUUCACUCUCAUGGGAUCCUCCAACGAAAGGGCCAGUUACUGGCUACAUUCUGGAAAAGCGACAAAAAGGCGAGAAAAAUUGGGCAAGAGCACAUCCUGGAACUAUUACUGGACUCAAUACAACUCUUCGAAAUUUGCCAACAAACAAAGAAUUCCAGUUCCGAGUUGUUCCCAUUAAUGCUGCUGGACCUGGUGAGCCUAGUGAACCUACCGAAAACGUGAAAAUUCGUGAACCACCAUCGGCACCGAAAAUUGGUGACCUUAAGAAAGACAUCAAUGCGAAACUGGGUGAACCCUUCAAAAUGCACAUUCCUUACACCGGAACGCCUCCAGAUACGGUUACUCUACUGAAGGAUGGAAAGCCUAUUCCUCUUCCAAGUGGCCGUUUCGUGUUGGAGGUCACCCCUGACGAGGUUAUUAUCACUGAUUUAAAGGCUGAAAAGGAGGACUCUGGAAAAUACGACGUUGUGCUUGAAAAUGAAAAGGGAAAGGACCAGGUUAGCCUUAGUGUAAACAUUAGGGGCCCUCCAGAACCUCCAAUGGGUCCUUUAGAAGUUUCCAAUGUCAACGCGGAUGGUUGUACGUUAAAGUGGAAACCUCCCAAGGAUAAUGGAGGAUCUCCAGUCACAAACUACAUUGUGGAGAAAUGCGAUGCUACAACUGGUAACUGGACCCCCGUGAGCAGCUAUGUUCGUGGAAAUGAAUUCGACGUUCAAAAUUUAGAUGAGGGUAAACGCUACAAAUUUCGUGUCAAAGCUGUCAAUGAAAAUGGACAGAGCGAACCUCUUGAAUCAGAAACUCCAAUCACCGCUGAGAGUCCUGUUGUGCCGCCUGGUGCUCCAAGUGGUCUUGAGGUGAAUGACGUUGACAGCAAUGAGGUCACCCUCUCCUGGAUGAAA